AUGACAUCGGAGACGGGAGACGGGAGACGGGAGACGGGAGAUGAGAAUGCGGAAGCGAAUGCCAUUACUAUCUUUUUUCAACACCUUACUGAUCACUCGGGACCCAUAGGAAUACUUCAGCAAAUCUGGAAAGUCAAGAGAGUCUCCUUGCAAUACAACCAGAGUGGUCAGAGCCGUGGGGUUGCCGAUAUCAUUUUUGUGGCGCCAGACUCUGCGGCCAAAGCAGCAAAGGACCUCAACGGAAUGUUGGUUGAUAAGCGACCAAUGAAGGCAAGCACGACCUCACUCGACAUUGAAGUGGUGGUGGAUGCCAGCAAGGUGCCGGAGCCAACUCCGGCGAAGUCGCUCGCCGACCGUGUUGCGUACGCGAAUCCAAAACGCCCGGGCAAUUCGGAGCCACUGACGAAGACUAGCGCAAAUCCCAAAGCACAACCCAAAUCCGCCACCACCGACAAGCGAGUCACUGGAAAGGAUGGCGCCAAAGGAAGACCUGCUGGUAAGGCUGGAAAGCCGAAGCGUGGUCGCAACGCUCGAGCAAAGCCAAAGACUGCGGAAGAGCUCGACGCCGAGAUGACUGACUACUGGGCUAACAACAACCCAUCUGCCGCUGGAGCCUCUACUGAAGCACCUGCCACCAAUGGUACUGCGCCGGCACCCAACGCCGGUGAUGACAUGGGCAUGGACGAGAUAUCAGUGAGCGACGUCGAAAUCAUCUGCUAA